UGCACAUUUCUCUCUUUCCUUAUAAGACUAAGCUACACUUCUCAAAAGGCCCAAAAAGCUCUAUAUCCCUCCUUUCUUUCCCUCACCCUUUGCCACAUCUCAAACCAUGUUCACUUUUCAAUUAGCUCCCUCUUUCAACAUGUUAAGGAUAAUAUCCAUCUUAAUUUUUCUUUUUCCCACUAUGGUAUUUGGAGACUGUACAUGUGAAUCCGAGGACACAGAGCACAACAAAGAAGCUGCACUCAAGUACAAACUAGGUUCCAUAGCUUCCAUCCUUGUUGCUGGUGCUGUUGGGGUCAGUCUGCCAUUGCUAGGCAAGAAAAUCCCAACUCUAAGACCCGAAAACGACAUCUUCUUCAUGAUCAAGGCCUUCGCAGCCGGCGUCAUUCUAGCAACUGCGUUCAUUCACAUACUACCAGAUGCAUUUGACAACUUGACCUCACCAUGUCUUAAAGAAAAUCCAUGGGGAAAAUUUCCCUUCACUGGUUUUGUUGCCAUGCUAUCUGCCAUUGGAACACUGAUGGUUGAUUCAUUGGCAACCGGUUACUAUCAGAGGUCCAACAUAAAGUCCAACCAAGUUCAUGAAUUGGAGACGGGUGAUCGUGUACAUGGUCAUGCAGCAGAUCAUGUACAUGGCCACACACAUGCCACACAGAGUCAUGCUCAUGGCUCUGAAGAAUUGAUGUCAUCAGAAUUAAUCAGGAACCGUGUCAUUUCGCAAGUCUUGGAGCUGGGGAUCCUAGUUCACUCAGUUAUAAUUGGAAUAUCAUUGGGUGCUUCCCAAAGCCCUGAAACAAUAAAGCCUCUCAUGGUGGCUCUGUCUUUCCAUCAAUUCUUUGAGGGCGUGGGACUUGGUGGCUGCAUCUCCCAGGCUAAAUUCAAGUCUCGGUCUGCAGCUAUCAUGGCUGCAUUUUUCUCCCUCACAACCCCAGUAGGGAUUGCAAUUGGCAUUGGCAUAUCAACCGUUUACAAUGAGAGCAGUCCCACUGCUCUAAUUGUUGAAGGGACUUUCAAUGCUGCUGCAGCUGGGAUUUUGAUUUACAUGGCUCUUGUUGACCUACUGGCAGCUGAUUUCAUGAACCCUAGACUGCAAAGCAAUUUGGGGAUUCAAUUAGGAGCAUAUAUUUCACUUCUUCUGGGGACUGGUUGUAUGUCUGUCUUAGCCAAGUGGGCUUGAGGUUCCUAUUACAUAUUAAAGUGUGGUUUGUUAAUUAAGGGCGUGUCAUAAUCCUUGAAGCAGAGUUGUGAGGUGUUUUUAGGGCUUUAAUCCUUGCUUGGAAUGAAGGUAUUCCAAGAAUUAAAGUGGAAUUGGACUCUAUCACGAUGUUUCAUUGAUUAAGGGUAAGAUUAUCACGCUCAUUCUUUGUUUAGUCUCACAUAGGCUAAAACUCUAGUUUGGGUCAUCAUGUUUUAGAGUCUUCCCCUUUCUCUGUUGUAGGCCUAUUGGCCAAUGAUGCUGCUAGCGUGCUAGGGUCGUCCCAAUGCUUCUAUUUUUGGACUUUGACCCACCUAAAUGUGGCUUACUAUGUGGUUGUCACACGUGAGGAACAUGUUAAAGAUUGUAAAAAUACCAUAUCAGAAACUUGAUAAAAUAAAAUAUACAAAAAUGUGAUUGCAUUACUAGUUAAAA